UGAUAGAUAGGUAUUUUCAUUAAAAUAAACAGAUAUUUAGAAGUAAGGACUAAGGAAUGUGCGAAAACUAAAACGACAAUAGAAUAAUGUUUUUCCCGAAACAUUUAAACACAAUUAAAAGAUUAUUAACAACAGUUACUAAAAAUGUCGCUAAACCCCAUGAAAAAUUUGACCAUGUAUUUUCUUUUCCCUCUGUAGGCUAUUUCGCUUUAUUGAAUAGACUAAAGAUAUAUCAUGCUUUCGGUUCUUGUAUAGUUUUACCAAGCGUUGGAUUAAUGGAAUAUUUAUCUGUAAUGCCCGAACAUAGUUUUCUUGCAGGAAGUUACAUAGGUGUAACGGGCGGGAUUGUGCUUUCUGCAGUAACAUAUCCAUUUAGAAACCUAAUAGGACACAUAUACAUAAGUGAAGAUAACAGCUUAAUUAAAAUAUCAUCUGUAGACUUUUAUGGGAAAAGAAUAGAUAAAAUUAUUAAUGCAGAGGAAUGGAUACCAUUGCUAGAAAUGCCACCAAAAACUAGUGAUGCAUUUUAUUUAUCACCACAAUUGACCGAUGGCACAAAGUAUAAAUUGUUAAUAAAAUUUGGCACUAUUAAGAAUGCCAAGAAAAUGGGUCAAGUUUUAGAAUGAUUCUUUAAUUAUGAUGCUCUAACUUGUGGUGCUAUUGCUCUCAAUAUUUUAUAUGAAUCUGUGUAUUGCUAUAUAAACAAUGUUGUAUUACUGUUAUAGAUGUGUAAACCUGAAAAAUUUAUGAUGGACCCAACUUGUAAUCUAAAAUUUAAUUGUUAUAAUAUUAAUCCUGUAUAACUUUUUCCUGCAAGAUUUAGCUUCAUAGGUAACUAGUCAAAAAAUAUAUUGGUAUUAAAAGAAA